AUGUAUCAUCAACCAGCCUCACAAAGCACAGUAAAGAUUCGAAAUUUGCCGAGUAUAAAUUCCAGAAUUUCACCAAUUACGGUACUGACCGCCACGGCGGUGUUGAUUCUUUCAAGAACUACACAAACAACGAAACCUUCCCCAUUGACACCUUCCGCCGUUAUAGUCGUGGUUCAGUCGGACACGAACGAUCAGUUCACCAAUUACGCCCUCACCUCUGUUUUCGCCGACAACACCUUCAAUUCUUACGGUACAAAAGCCACCAGCGGCACCGGCGACUUCAGCAAUUACCAGGACGGAACCACCGUCGCCGGCCUCAACUUCACAUCAUAUUCCGACGGCACCGGCGGCCGCUCCCAGGAUUUUACAAGUUAUGCAGAAAAUACAACUGCCGGGGAUGAAGGUUUCGCCAGCUACGGUGGAAAACAGGGUAAUGAUAAUUUUACUUCUUACGGCCUGGAUGAACGUAUCCCUGAAAAUGACUUCAACAAUUAUGCACGGGAUGGCAAUGGAACGACCGAAACAUUCACUAGUUAUGGCCGUGACGGGAAUAUCCCCUUGAAUAAUUUCAACACCUACGGGUCUGGAGGCAAUGAAAUCACUCAGAAAUUCGCAAAUUACCGUGAUCUUGCCGUCGUUGGUGACAAUCGGUUCCGUUCCUAUGGAGAAGACUCGAAAACAGAGUCUCUGGGUUUCACAAAUUACGGUCAGUCAUUCAUAACUGAUACUUUCAGGGAAUAUGGUAAAGAUUCCAAUGUCAAGAAAAUGGAUUUCAACACGUAUGGAGUUGGAAACACUUUUGUUGAAUAUACCAAGACAGGGGUCAAGUUUUCUAAUUAUCUUAACGAAACUCAAAGCCCAUUGAAGAUGAACAGCCGGCGGGUGGAGCCGGGGAAAUUUUUCAGGGAGAAAAUGCUGAGAACAGAGACUUUGAUGCCAAUGCCGGACAUCAAGGAUAAGAUGCCUAAAAGAUCUUUCUUGCCGCGCACAAUUCUUUCAAAAAUACCGUUUUCUAGGGCAAAGAUUGAUGAGUUGAAGAAGAUUUUCAACGCCGCUGAUGACUCCAGCAUGACCAGGAUAUUAAGGGAUGCGUUGACCGAAUGUGAAAGAGCUCCUAGCCCCGGGGAAACUAAGCGGUGUGCCGGCAGCGGGGAAGAUAUGAUUGACUUUGCAACUUCUGUGCUCGGAAGAAACAUCGCCGUUCGGAGCACUGAUAAUACUCGAGGAUCAGGCGGAGACAUCAUGAUUGGAACAGUUAUCGGAAUCAACGGCGGGCAGUUGACGAAAUCAGUGUCUUGCCAUCAGAGUUUGUAUCCGUAUUUAUUGUACUACUGCCACUCUGUCCCUAAGGUUCGGGUAUACGAAGCGGAUAUACUUGACCCAAAGUCCAAGGCAAAAAUUAAUCAUGGAGUCACCAUCUGUCACAUUGACACGUCGAGUUGGAGUCGGAACCAUGGAGCAUUUGUAGCUCUAGGUUCGGGUCCUGGUAAAAUUGAAGUUUGCCACUGGAUCUUUGAGAAUGACAUGACUUGGACGAUUUCAGAUUAA